UUAUGGCUGACAAACCAUUUUUGGCAUAUAGUUCCUAGUAACAGUGUGUCCUUGACGGGCUCAAACUGCUGCACAAUUUUUCUCCUGCUUGACUCCCCAGCCUGGGUCCUGCUCCCCACUUCGCUUCUCUCUGCUAUUUUAUGUUUGGAUAGACAGCAACAUGGCCUUCCUGCUGAAGGGAAUGGUUAGCAAUCAACUGAAAAGUUUUGGACUGGGGGAUGCUGGUGAAGAGAAGAAAGAAGGGGCUGAUGCUUCUGACCCGGCAGCAGCGGCAGGAAUGACCCGCGAGGAGUAUGAGGAGUAUCAGAGGCAGUUAUUAGAGGAGAAGAUGGAAAGAGAUGCCACGUUUGUCCAGAAGAAAGCAGAAAGGGCCACACUGCGUGUACAUCUGAGAGAGAAGUACAGACUGCCACAAAGUGAAAAAGAUGACAACCAGAUACAGAUGGCUGGAGAUGACGUGGACCUACCUGAGGAUCUGCAGAAGAUGAUGGCUGAUGAUCAAGUUGAAGAAGAAGAGAAGAAUUCCUUCUUAGGCAACAUCCAAAACAUCCAGAAUAUGGACAUGGACACCUUAAAAGAAAAAGCCACGGCCACAUUCACUGAGAUCAAACAAGCGGCGGAGGAAAAGUGUCUGCUGAUGUAGACUGGAAUCAAUCAGGAAUCAAAUAUGUUUUGAUAUCUUUUUUUAUUUUAUAAGAGCCACUGAAUGGAGAAGCUUGUCAUCACCGUAUGAUCACACUUUGAAGGUGACUUCCAAUUUACGUUGCAUUUUAAGGAUGAUGCUAUUGCAACUCAGGGGAAAGAAACUCUUAAAAGUGCUGAUAUAAAGUCUGGUUAUUUGAUGUUAUUUGGAAGAAGGGAGUAAUGUGUUCUCUUCACUAUUAUAGUGCUAAUUAAUUGUAUAAUAUUUUAUGAAUCAGAUUUGUCUAGAUACCAGUGUCAAUAUUCAAAAGGCUAAUCUGAGCUAUUUUCCGGUAUGUAGAGUUAGCCAAAGGCUGGCAAAAGUCUCUCCAAGAACAAUGGCCAGGAUGAUAUUUGGCCCAAGAAUACAAAUAUUUCCAUCAAGUGUGAGUUGUCUUCUCCUUGCCCCAGCACCAUUAUAGGCCCAUGGUGUCAGAGGUGGGACACUGGUCAGUUUGUUGUCACUUUACAUUGGGGAGUACAAAAGAGGAUCUUAUUGGCCAGAGAAUAUGAACAUACCCGAAGGGGUGAUAUCUGCCAACUGCUGACUGCUCAGGUAACUAUGGAAAAUAAUAAACUUAACACUUCAGUGUGUCUAUCAGUACAAGUCAUUAGAUGCUGAGUGCCUAUGUCAUUAAAGGGAAUCUGUCCUGCAAAAUGUAAGAAGCCUCAAAUGCAUUUCUCUAACUUCCGUGCUGCAUAUAAAAUGUUCUAGGGCAAUGAAGCUGAAGUUUUCCUGUGUUCCUGUUUGGCAUGUAAUGCAUUCCAUUUAAAUAAAGCCUAUAGCAGCUACUAAUGGAAGUCAAGAAAAUCCUGCCUUGUAUCUUCUACAUGUCUUCUAAACUGUUGCACAGUGGUGCAUCUUUUGCUUUGUGGGGAAAUUACUAAUAAAAUUGUAAGCUCUCUUCUAAAUAAAAGGACGACAACAUUCAAGUUGA